AUGCACAAAUGUCGGCAAUUCCUGGAAGGACUGCCGUCCUUCGAAUUAGUCACGGAUCACAAGCCUCUCAUCCCGAUCCUCAACAACUACGCACUAGAUAAGCUGGACAACCCCCGUCUCCUCCGAUUGCGGCUCAAAAUACAGCGCUACGCGUUUACGGCGAGGUGGAUCCCGGGAAAAGAAAAUCGUGACUCAGACGUGCUGAGCAGAGCACCUAUCGCAGCAGCUACUUCUCAGGACGAGCUGGCCGAAGGGGCGUCUUUCGUUUCUCCCAGGAUCACUAUGCUGUGUGCUAUCGACGGGUCGGACCCAACGGUCAUCGAUCCCGUUUUAGAAAAGGUGAAAGCUGCCGCCGUCACCGAUCCCGUCAUGAAGGAGCUUCGCGAGCGUGUUCGACAUCAUCUAGCCGUCGACGGAGAAGAUGGGAUGAUUGUCAUGGGAGCUCGAGUCGUCAUUCCGAAGGCGCUGCAAGGCGAUUUACUGCGUGACCUACUGAAAAUGCACCAAGGCACCACCAAACUGCGGCAACGGGCACGACUGUCCGUCUUUUGGCCCAACAUGGAUGCUGAAAUUGUAAAUCUCGCCGGCGCAUGCGAGGAAUGCACUUCUAGCCUUCCAUCACACCCGCCGGAACCUCUUCGACCUCACGAGCCAGCUUCGCGACCCUUUGAGCAGAUUCAUGCAGAUCUCUGCCAACUCAACGGUCGUCAUUUUCUCAUCCAAGUCGAUGCAUUCAGCGGCUGGCCUCAUGUCGUCUAUUUUCCGGACGCCCACAUUUCCGCCAAGAAAGUCAUCAAUGCUGUCCGGGAGCUAUUCAUCAAUGUCGGUGUACCGGUCAAAUACUGGAAUGGGGAGUCUCACUCGGAGUGUCGUCUCCUCAUUUUCCCCAGUCUAACGGCGUCGCGGAAGCCGGAGUGA